AUGCCCGAGUCAGUGCCAGUGGACCUAGCCAAUGACUCAGACUCAGACUCGGAGUCCGAGGCCAGCUGUGACAGUGACAUCGAAAUGGAUGAGGAAGAGGAGUCCGAAAGGGAGGCAGUUCUCCUCGAGUUUGCCAGGGUUCUGCAACAAGCCCAUGACACAGCUGUCAGGAAGGAACGAGAACGUCGAGCUGGCGAGAAGCGGCCGACUCACUACACCAGGAAUUCGAAACGGACAACGCAGAGGAGAGCGGCAGAGAGGCGAGGCCUUGCGAAGAAGGGCUACCAUUCGAUUCAGCGAUGGUUCACGCCAUCAAACGGGGCGGCCGCGGAACGCACGGCGGUUGGCCCUGACGCAAUGCCAGUUGCUGCUGCGGUGGCUGCCAGUGCAAGCGACUCGGACUCGGAGCCUGAACCAGUCAGUGCCCUCAGUGCGUGCAAUCCGGACGCCAUGAUUGCUACGUCACCGAGAAGUCCUGACGCGAUGUCCACGCCUGAGGCCGGUGCGAGUUGCGACUCGGAGCGAGAUGAGCACGUCCGACUCGGGCUUGCUCUGGGCACGUUCCAAACAGAAACUCGGAGCGAGGCACUGGUAGCUGCCGCUCCGAGUCUAGUAUCCGAGUCAGUGCACCCGGCGGCGAGUCAGGCAGUGGUUCAUUCUGCGAGCGCAUAUGAGCACGAGGGAGUCAUGCUGGGAAACACCCAGGUCGGAAAUGAGCACCCGAGCUCUCAGACACAACCUAAUGUCAAUGAGUCGGACGCACCGCCGAGUACUAUACAAGCUCCACGCUUUUCGCAUGAAGCACACCGUGCUGUCGAGGACAUGCUGAAAGACCUGCGACUGGGUAGUCAACACCCUGAAAAUGCGGUCGACAAUGCCUUGAAUAGUCUCUCGUACAAGGACUUCCCAGCGUUACGUUCGGCGCAACAGCGACUCACCUGGAAGGUGAAAGACAAAAAACUCGAUGUUGUUCUUCGUGCCCGCGUUACAGCGAUGUUAGGCACGUUGAACUUCUAUCUCGAUCCCGACUUGACCUUCACCUGGCGUGAGUCGUCGACACUUGCAGCAAAAGCUGCGGGGCGUAGUGCAGACUAUGGACGUACCGUGCGCCGAUGGCUACACCAAUACCUCAACACCUCGCAGCUGCCCCUCCAUCGAUAUUGCCGCCCUCACAGGUCCAUCCUUGAUGACGAAGACCUUUCCGAGACCAUACAAGGCCAUUUGAUGAAUAUUGCAAAGACGGGCUUCAUCCGUGCGCAGGAUAUUGUCGACUUCAUCUCGAGCGAAGACAUGCAGGACAAGCUUGGUGGAAGGAUGUCGAUUUCGGAACGGACGGCUCGGCGGUGGCUGCACAAACUAGACUGGCGAUACAAGAAGCUUGCAAACGGAAUGUACAUCGAUGGCCAUGAGCGAGAGGAUGUGGUCAAGUAUCGCCGUGCGUUUAUUGACCGUUGGACGGAGUACGAGAAGCGGAUGGUAAUUUAUGACAACAACGGGAAUGUUGAGAGAAUUCCUCAGGGAUUCCCGAUUCCUGGUGGCCGUCCUUUCCGCCUCAUAUGCAACACCCAAGAUGAAUCAACCUUCUACGCACACGAUCGUCGCAAAACAAAGUGGACGCAUGCGUCAGAGCGUGCAAAACCUGUCCGCAAGGGUGAAGGAUCAUCGCUUAUGGUAUCCGACUUUUUGACCAUUGAGUGGGGCCGAUUACAACACGGAGACCAGGAAGCAAGAGUCCUAUUUGAAGCUGGAAAAAACCGGCAAGGUUAUUUCACAGCAGAGGAUCUCCUCGCACAGGUCGACACGGCGAUCGAUAUUUUCGAAGAGAAGACCAAUGGCUUUGCAACAGGGCUGUUCCUAUUCGACAAUGCGCCUAGUCACCAAAGACGGGCACCGGAUGCACUGUCUGCGAGGUACAUGCCCAAGAACCCCUCUGCGACAUGGCUUCCGAAAGGCGGAUCUCGCAUGCGUCUCGGCCUGCUCCCGAACGGCGAGCCGCAGGACUUCUACUUCUCCCUCGAUCAUCCAAAUAUGCCAGGAUGGUUCAAAGGGAUGGAGAUCAUCAUCCGCGAACGUGGAUUGUGGCCAGAUGGUGGCCUGAAGGCCCAAUGCGAUGGAUUCAAGUGCGAGUCGGGGCGUACUGACUGCUGCUGCCGACGACUCUUGUUUGUUCAGCCAGACUUUGUGUCGCAGAAGUCACAGCUAGAGGAGUACAUAGAGUCUCGGGGCCACAUCUGUGACUUCUAUCCGAAGUUCCAUCCCGAGCUCAACUUCAUUGAACAGUACUGGGGUGCAGCGAAGCUCCGUUACCGACAGAGCCCGAAGACAUCUGACAUCAAUGAAAUGAGGGAAAAUGUCAAGGCCUGCCUCGAUGAUGUUUCAAGACUACAGAUCGUGCGCACGGCUCUUGUACCUCCGUAUACCCUCAACAUCCCGGCCCUCACUCUGUCCAACGCUGAGCUCAGCAGACGAACCACCUACUGCUACAUCAUGUCGCAACCGAAACUCUCGUUCAAAAGGCUGUUUGAUAAUUGGCAAGCCGAUGUCAAGGCUGCUAUCCUCGAGUUCUUGGGGACGACUUUCUUCUUGCUCUUGGCAUUUGGGGGGAUACAGGCAGCGGAGGCAGAACUGGCUAUGGACCCCUCCGCACCCUCCGCGAUUCUGCACGACCUAUACAUCGCGCUAUCCAUGGGGUUCAGUCUACUCAUCUCUGUCUGGAUCUUCUACCGGGCUAGCGGCGGCGUUUUCAAUCCUAACAUCAGCCUGGCUCUCUUCUUGAACGGAGUCAUCGGCCCCUUGCGCUUCGUUCUCUACUGUUUUGCUCAGCUCACGGGGGGUAUCGCGGCUGCGGCUAUCGUUCUUGCGCUCACACCGGGUCCGCUGCUGUCGAACACUGUGUUGGCAAAUGGCGUCAAUCUUGCCCAGGGCGUGUUCAUAGAGAUGUUCAUCACUGCGGCACUGGUAUU